CGGAGCCGGCCGGAGGAGCGCUUCUCGUCGGAUGAGUGGGAAGACGGAGCCGGUCCUGCCGUUAACCGUCAGCCUCCGACUGCCGCUGAGGCCAACCGCCUGUCUUGGAAAUCGUCUCGUUUUAAACGUGCCGGGGCUCUGGUGCAAACCGUACCUGGAAGCGUGGCGCAAUGGAAAAGCUGUCAUUUCAGGGCUGCGCGAUAGCCCAGUUCCCGGCCUGGAGGUGUUAGUGCGUAUCCACCUGCUGGAAUAACUCUUGGCCUGGCGGUAAUUCCUGGGAAAGGUGGCAGCAGGAGGUCGGGGACGGUCCACUGUCGCUUGGUCGAGGGAGCGCUCGGUCUUUCUCGCUGUAUCUUCGGCAAGGCAUCGAACGCACGGUUACUCUUUUGAUCCAGCUGUGAACUAAAGCUUCUGCAGGAUACAGCGCUUUGCUUUUUUAAUACACGUAGCUUCCUGAGAGGGUGACAGCGGGGUGGGAACCCUGAUUUGUGCUACUCACCUAUUAGGUUUCCAGGUGGAGCAUAGAAUCUUGGUCAUGGACUAUAAAACCUUUACGGAUUUGGUCCUUGGGAGGCUGCUGCGGUCUGCCAAGUGCUAGGUUUGGAUCUCCUUUAGCGUAUAAACGGAGUUUCGUUCGAGGCGGAGGUGUGACUUGGCCUCACGUCUGCACCUGCUUCCAAAUCGUUCCCACAUCCUUCAUGUGGAUAAAAUAGCCCCCGCGGCUUGGCAUGGCUAUAUACCCUCUUCUCUCACAGUCCUAGGGAGAUAGAGGUAGGGAGUAGUGUGGAUUAUUACUUGUAUCUUUAGACAGUGAUUUUCUUGUUUUGUGUGUGAUUAUUUCCUUAAUUUGCUGGAAAGACCUCUGGAGUUGAGCGCAGGCAUUUUUGGACUGAGUAUCAUAAGUCAAAAUAAACAUAGUUAAAACUGAGAAGAAUAAGUUAAGACAAAGGAAUCGAGACUCGAUGUUAUCCUUAAUAGGUUGGGCUUUUUUCCAAAAUAAGUCAAUGAUAGCUCAACUGCAGUGGAAGGUCAGGUUUUAAAAUGUGGUCUUGUGGCCAAAAUGUAAUUGGGCGAAAUUAAUGAAAACAGCAUGUGAUCAGUGAGAAUCUUUUUAUGUGACUGUUUUAUGUAAGUUGAAAGAAAAAUAACUUAAUACCCUAAUGAAAAGCUAUGUAGACUAUUCGGAGAGGAAGCACUCCCGUUUAUUACAACUUACUGUUCUCUCUCACAAUACUAUCAGUUCUAGGAAGAAUAUUAACUUCUGUUACAAUUGCAAAAUUAAUUUAAUUGUCUUUGUGCCACUCUCUUGUUUAGCAAGAGGUAUAACGUAGUGGCACUUGGGCUUUUGUUUAUUUGAACAGAAAACUUUCAAAGUAUUUUCGUCCUUAAAAGGGUCUUACAACACAGGAACUGGAGGCCCCAAGCGGUGGUGGGAUCUCCAUCCUUGUAAGUUUUCAAGACUUGGCUGCAGAAAGCAGUGACUCACCUGAGCUGGUCCUGCUCUAAGUGGGAGGUUGGGCUAGAGACCUUCUGUGGUCUUUUCCAACCAACACUUCAGUGAUUUCAUGGUUUUUCUAUUUCUUUGUUAUACAGAAGCUGCAGCAGCUUAACCAAAAAGACUCAGAGGUACUGGACAAGAGUGCAGAGGUUCAGAUUUGCUGCUGUUGGAGUUACUGGGUCUUUUGCCGCUGAUUUAGAUGGACAUAGGAUGAGGCUGUACUUCUGGAAAGAGCCUCAAAGAAGCUUUCAUCUGUAGAAAACCCUACGAGAAAAGCACAGAACACUUUUUAGAAAUCAGUGAAGACAGAUUAUCAACAUGGCAGAAAAUAAGGACAGUAAUAUUAAAAAUGCAGAUGUAAGACCCAAAAGCAGCCGGAGUAGAAGCGCAGACAGAAAGGAUGGUUAUGUCUGGAGCGGAAAGAAACUCUCCUGGUCAAAAAAGAGUGAGCACUGUUCUGAUGCUGAGGCAGCAAGCGCUGCAGGAAGAUCGGGAACUGGUUUAAGGAGUCAAGAGAGGAAGUACAGCUGCUCAUCCAUCGAACUGGAUCUUGAUCGUUCAUGUGGUCACAGGUUUUUAGGCCGCUCUCUCAAACAGAAGCUGCAAGAUGCUGUGGGCCAGUGCUUUCCUAUAAAGAACUGUAGCAGUCGGCAUGCCUCAGGGCUUCCAUCGAAAAGGAAAAUUCAUAUCAGUGAAUUAAUGUUAGAUAAGUGUCCUUUCCCUCCGCGCUCAGAGCUAGCUUUUCGGUGGCACCUAAUUAAAAGACAUACAGCCCCUAUAAGUCAAAAAGCAGAAGAGUGGAUAAUUGCUGAUUUAUCCCAGAAUGAGGAGAAGGAAGAUCAGCUGGGAGAUGAUGAGAUUGCCAGUGGGGGAACAGACUCUCCUUCCCAGUCCUGUGACCUGACUGACAGCAGUUCCUCCAGAGGUGAUUCCAGGGCUGAGUUGGUUACAAGUAAAGUAGGACGGAGCAGUAAAGACGAGAGUGAUAUGGACUCUGACGAUGAAGUUAUAACACUGUGCACAAGUUCUAGAAAAAGAAACAAACCCAAAUGGGAAACUGAUGAUGAGCUGCUACGGAUGGAAACGCCUCCUAAAUACCAUACGCAGAUUGAUUAUGUCCACUGCCUAGUCCCGGACCUCCUUCAGAUCAAUAACAACCCCUGCUACUGGGGAGUAAUGGAUAAAUAUGCAGCUGAGGCACUGCUGGAAGGCAAGCCAGAGGGAACGUUUUUGUUACGAGAUUCUGCUCAAGAAGACUAUUUGUUUUCUGUAAGCUUCAGGCGCUACAGUCGUUCUCUCCAUGCACGGAUAGAGCAGUGGAACCAUAACUUCAGCUUUGAUGCCCACGAUCCUUGUGUCUUCCAUUCUCCUGACAUCACAGGACUCUUGGAGCACUAUAAAGAUCCAAGCUCCUGUAUGUUCUUUGAACCGCUUUUAUCUACUCCCUUAAACAGGACUUUUCCUUUUUCUCUUCAACAUAUAUGUAGAACAGUUAUUUGCAACUGUACAACUUAUGAUGGUAUUGAUGCACUUCCUAUUCCUCCAUCAGUGAAGCUGUAUCUGAAGGAAUAUCAUUAUAAAUCAAAAGUUAGAGUACUCAGGAUUGAUGUACCAGAGCAGCAAAGCUAGAAAAUAUUUUUAUGAAGGAAUGAAAUUGUCCCUGAGCAGAGGAAUAGUAUGUUCAGUCUUUCCUCCCUUUUAGGGUUUUUUUAAAAUGGCAGUUUGAUUUUUUUUUUUUUUCUCCUGCAGAUUAUUUACAACCCAAACUAGCCUCUGCCUAAGGCUUUUUUAUCCAAAUGUACUUUGAGUCUUCCCAACUCUCUUUUUAAGAAAUGAUAUUCAUUGUGGGCUUUUGGUACUGUUCCCAAACUAGGGUUUUAUGGAAUUUCAGGUAGGCUUUCUGGUAUUUCGAUAGAUGGAUAGUCUUUAGAUCUAAAAACCUUAAAAAUCAGUUUUGAUCUUGAUCUGUCUUUUAUAUUGUAAUUUGCAGAUGUUGCUGACAUGUUUGAAAUAAUGCCCUGGUAACUAAAGAUUGACUCAUCUGUACUUUCUGCAUUUCUUUUAAAAUGAGGGCUCAAGC